AUGAGGGAUCCUGCCGCAGAUAUGGAACAAAAUCCCCAGCAACCAACGGCCAAUGGGUCAACUGAACCCCGCCGAAACGCGAACAAAUCAGUUCGAGUCGCGUUUGGCCCUGAUCUGGAAACCGCCAUUCCCACCCGCGAUCGAUCGCCGGUUCCCAUGACUGGCCAUCACCGUUCAUUCACAACGGUCGAGCAAAAACAGCCAUCGCUUGCGCCAUCCGGACGUCCGACAAGCUCUUCUGGUGGAGAUAAUAAUGCAGCUAUCGCGGAGUCUCCGCCGCGUCGACCAUCCCCGCGCCGAUCAGAGAGCAGCCGACCAGCGAUGCUCAAGAGAGCCAAAAGUGACUAUGGCCCGAGCCGAGUGACCUUCGAUAAGCCUUUCGCCGCUGACGAAGAGGAAGACUUUGCCAUGCGACACGGAUGGCAGGAGGAAUACACUUCCAGCGAGUAUCUCAAGAUUCUCCACUCGAACUUUUACAUGUACUUCACAGAGAAACGUCAUGAAACAAACGGUGUCCCUAGAGACCCAGUGGGGAGCUGGCCUAGCCAGGACUGGCGCAUGAAGGACCGAUUGAAGACUACCAACCCGACCUCGAAGCUUGAAUGCUGGGUUGAUCCAACUUCCACUACGGGCGGCGGCCAGAACAAGAUCAUGGAGCAAAUCGGGAAGAAGCUGCAAGAACAGUAUGAGACCCUGAGUCUACGGACAAGGUACAAGCAGUACCUAGAUCCGUCUGUAGAUGAAACCAAGAAAUUCUGCAUCUCAUUGCGCCGGAAUGCCAAAGACGAGCGCGUGUUGCUUCACUACAACGGUCACGGGGUUCCAUUGCCCACUCAGUCGGGUGAGAUUUGGGUCUUCAACAAGAACUACACGCAGUAUAUCCCGGUGCCGCUCUACGAUCUGCAGUCCUGGCUCGCGGGGCCAAGUCUUUUUGUCUUCGACGUCUCACACGCAGGGAAUAUUGUUCAGAAUUUCCAUACGUUCGUGGAAAAACAUGAGAAAGAAAACCUCGAAGUGAAGAAGCGAGAUCCAAACGCCAUUGUGCAGAACUAUGGUGACUGUAUCCUUCUGGCAGCGUGCCAAAAAACCGAGUCCCUUCCGACCAAUCCUGAUCUUCCCGCCGAUCUCUUCACCUGCUGUUUGACUACUCCCAUUGAUAUUGCGCUGCGGUUCUUUAUCCUGCAGAAUCCGCUACGGACAGACAUCUCCGUGGAUGAUUUCCGAGUACCUGGUCGCUUGCAGGAUCGACGCAGUCCUCUGGGAGAGUUGAACUGGAUCUUCACUGCCAUCACCGAUACCAUUGCCUGGAAUACCUUGCCUCGGGCAUUGUUCAAGAAGCUCUUCCGACAGGAUUUAAUGGUGGCCGCCUUGUUUCGCAACUUCCUCCUCAGCGAGCGCAUCAUGCGCACGUACAAAUGCCACCCAAUUUCUUCGCCCAAGCUUCCGGAGACUCACCAUCACCCACUGUGGAAGAGUUGGGAUCUUGCAGUGGAGAUGGUACUGUCGCAGCUCCCUGCUCUCAUUGACCACGAGGAAGGUCGUCGUCAGUAUGAGUACCAGCACUCUACUUUCUUCGCUGAACAGCUUACUGCCUUUGAGGUUUACCUGUCAUCUGGUCCCACCGAGAAGAACCCUCCAGAUCAACUACCCAUUGUCCUGCAGGUUCUUCUCAGUCAGGCACACCGAUUGCGGGCGUUGAUUCUGCUGAGCAAAUUCCUCGACCUGGGGCCGUGGGCUGUCCAUCUUGCUCUGAGCAUUGGAAUCUUCCCCUACGUUGUGAAACUACUGCAGUCAGCUGCCCAGGAGUUGAAACCCGUCAUGGUCUUCAUCUGGGCAAGAAUCAUGGCAGUUGAUCACACCGUUCAAAACGACUUGUUGAAAGACAACGGCAUUCACUAUUUCAUUUCAAUCCUCAACCCUUCAUCACCAAUUCCCGUGGGAAAUGCCAGCGAACACCGAGCCAUGUGUGCCUUUAUUGUUUCCAUAUUCUGCAAAAACUAUCCCCAGGGCCAAAAUGUGUGUCUGUCCGGGGAGCUCUUCGAUUCGUGUCUGAGGCAUCUGGGUGAUGUGGAGAAUCCCCUGCUGCGACAGUGGUCCUGCCUAUGCCUCAGCAUGCUGUGGUCUGAUUUCCCGGAGGCCAAAUGGAUGGGAAUCCGAUGCGCCGCCCCUGCGAGACUCUGCGAAUUGAACUUUGAUCCCGUCCCCGAAGUUCGUACCGCGAUGUUGCAUGCCGUGACCACGUUUUUGGGUAUUCCGGACCUGACGGAUCAAGUCGCACAGAUCGAGGAGUCGUUGGCUCUGGCAGUCUUGCCCAUGUCGGCGGAUGGAAGUAUCAUCGUAAGAAAGGAGCUCCUUGUUUUCUUCUCAACCUUUGUCAAACGCCACCAGAACAAGUUUUUGGUCGCUGCGUAUGAAGAACUUCAGGAAGAAAAGCGAUCUCUCCUUCAUCGCUUCGAGAGCGAAACGUCACAGACAAGUCAUCCAGAGGGACAGGAGGACUCGAAAUCGCAUCAGUUGUCUCGCAACACCACCUUCGGGACCAUCUGGAAGCAGCUUUUGAUUCUUUCCGUUGAUCCCCACCCAGACAUCGCUCAAGAUGCCGGUGUCAUCGUCGACUACAUCCACCUCGCUCUCUUGGAAUCCCCCAUGGCUCCUCUUACUGACAAGAUCAGAAAUGAAAUCCUCGAACUCACAGGCCACACGUCACAAACAUUGCAAGUAUACGAGCGGGCUGAACCGAAGAAAUCAGCACCGCCAACACCCCCGUCCUCAGCAGCUGCACCCCCCAAGUCAGAAGGAUAUCUGUCGCUUGGUUUCCGGCGCACUGCCAGUGUGGCGGCCUCCCUCAAGAACCUUGCAUUUGGCAACUCGGCAUCCGGUGACCAGUGGUUAGAAAGCUCGAACCCCCCCUCGCCUUCGAAGAGUCGAAUGCCCAUUACCCCACGCGGCCGUGCUCCUCCAGAAUGGACACGACCACCUGAAGUGAACGACCAUGUUGCUCCUGCAACCUCAUAUCACCAAGCUCCAACUCCUACCUCCCGCAAUUUUCAACCUAGGGACCCUGACGUGGCACCGAUCAUUCCCUUGAAGAGCAGGUUCCUGGACUGGUCCACAGAGGUAAUCUCGGUUCCCCUUUCCAAAAUGACAAAGUCAUGCGACGACAUAUUGGGACAUUUGCUCACCCCUGGAAAGUAUUUCCGAGAACCGCAGAUGAAACCGAACGAGCCCGAUGAGCCUGGAAGCUCGGACUACAACGAACGUCUCUGGAGACGCGGUCGCAAUGAGAAGAUCAUCACGGAAACCCAGCCACUGAAAGGAAAGGCGGGCACAAGUCGCUGGGACAAUUCAGCAACACUGCUGUCGAAUAAUAGUCAACCCCUCAAAAUGUGCUUCCAUCAAUUUGAGGAUCAUAUUGCCGUUGCGGAUGAUCGGGAUACCAUCAGGAUUUGGGAUUGGCAGGCUCAUAAACGUCUCAACCAAUUCUCGAAUGGCAAUCCAGCCGGGUCGAAAAUCAAUGAAGUUCGGUACAUCAAUGAAGAUGAUCAGGCACUGCUGAUGACUGGAUCCUCCGACGGUGUUCUCAAGCUCUUCCGUCAUUACGAGUCUGUCCAGGAUAUUGAGGUUGUCACAGCUUUCCGCGCAUUGCCUGAACUUAUCCCGAGCAAUCGGAAUGCGGGCCUUGUGUUUGACUGGCAGCAGGGUCAAGGCAAAGCAUUAGUUGCAGGUGAUGUGAAGGUGAUCCGAGUCUGGAACGCGGCCACUGAAGUCUGCACCAACGAUAUCCCCGCCCGAUCUGGCUCCUGCAUCACGUCGUUGACCUCGGAUCAGGUCGCUGGUAACAUCUUUGUCGCAGGUUUUGGCGAUGGAGCGGUCCGAGUGUUUGACCAGCGCCUGAAACCCACCACGUCCAUGGUUAAGGUCUGGCGUGAGCACAAGCAGUGGAUCACCAAUGUCCAUAUGCAGCGCGGUGGCCUGCGAGAACUAGUCUCGGGCAGUCGCAAUGGCGAGGUCCGACUGUGGGAUCUUCGCAUGGAUGACCCGAUUUCCACAAUUUAUGCCACCAAAGAUACCCUGCGGACAUUGAGCAUGCACGAACAUGCUCCUGUUUUCAGCAUGGGCACCAACCGCCACGAGGUCAAGACCUUCAACGUCGAUGGUAGCUACCUUUCCACCUUUGAGCCCUACUCGAGCUUCCUUCAUCACAACCGUUCUUCCCCUAUUGCCAGCACUACCUUCCACCCGCACCGCACUAUGCUUGCUUGCGCUGCAUUGAAUGACCACCAUGUCAAUAUUGUGCACUGCUAG